AUGUCUUCGGAGUCAGAAAAGGAUAAAGAGAGACUGAGUCAAGCUGCCAAACUAUUCUUCUUCCACAUUCGAGAUCUGGUUUCCUUCAUAAAUAAGUUCGUUGAGUUGUUUAACCUCACGAUGAAGACUCGGGUCCUCCCGGUGGAUCUGAAGGAGGACAGUUGCAUUAAAGAUUUCUUUGAGCAAAUGAUCACCAAUUUUAAAGAGAUGCAGCUGAUGGUGGAAGCCAAGCACAAACAAGUGCAGAAGCAGCCUUUCUGUUCCGCGGUGGCGACUGCUGUGACCUCUGCAGUGGAGAAGUGUGCCAACGUGGGCCCACACCACACAGCUCAAGAAAUGCUCAGAAAUAUCCAGGCCCCAGCCGCUGCCUCUGUGCUGAGCAGUGGUCUCAUCCUUGGGAGUCUGGAAUCUUCUCUCUCAAACCUGAUGCAGUUCCCCAUCAUGGGUCUCCGAUUAAGUGACUUCUAUAGAGAAGAGACCAAAGAGCCAUCGGGCGCUACCACAUCCGAGAAAAUCACAAGUCCAGAACGUCCCAAGGCCACUCCAGAGGAUGCCUUGAAGAAGCUGCAAGAUGCCCUGAGAACGGAGGAUGCCCACAAGCCGGCCGAAGCAGCCGCAGACGAACUGGAACGGUUUGUCCAGACUAUGAAGCUCACCCUACAGGUCCUCCAGAAAGCAAUAGAGACCAUGGAAGGGGGCAUCUCCACAUUUAGGGAAGUUGGGACCAAGUAG